UGUUAGUAAUGUGUUAAUAUUUUUUAAUAUCAUUAUUCAUUACUCAUUAGAAAUAAUAUCAUGAAUCAUGAUGUCAUCAGCUAAGAUGGCAAUUUAAUUUUUUUUUAGUUUUGAGAAACUGUUUUAUUUUGAAAGUAAACAAAUGUAUUAAUAUUAAUAUUCUUGUUGUGAAUCUCAAUAUAAUUUAUGUAGUUUUAAUUAUCUGUGCCAAUAAAACUUCAUCGAGAUGUAUCUAUUAUGUGUUUAAUCCUCAACAAUUUAAGAAAAUAACAUUUUAAAGUAAAUCAACCUAGUGAAAAAUGGAUGUCUUUGAAGAAAAUCAACAGGUAUUAAUGCGUACUAAUGAUCGUCUAAUCGGUAUAAAAUCGGUUGCAUUAGAAACAGAAGAGAUUGGUACAGCUAUUGUUCAAGAAUUGGGAGAACAAAGACACACGUUAAGUGGUGCUCGUGAUCGUCUUGACAACAUAGAAAAUUCUAGGCAGUCAUCACAUCGCUAUAUAUCUGCUAUUAAUAGACAUGUAUUUCAAGAUAAACUAUUGCUAAUACUUAUUAUUAUUGUAGAAUCAUGCAGCCUUAUUGGGCUUAUUUAUUUGAAAUUUAUAAAAUAAUAACAACUAGGCAGUCUAUAUUUUUUACUUUAAUAAGUUAAUCAUUCUGUAUAAUAUUUAAUUAUUAUAAUAUAAUAUACCAUGAAGCUAA